CGGACAUUCAGAGCGACUGAGCUUUAUUUGUACAAGCUGUAGAAGAGCGAGCAGGACUUUCCUCUGGGGAAAAACUACCUGCCUGUCACCGGAGAGGAUGAGGGGAAACCUGCGGAAAGAUCCCGAGGGACUCGUCUGAUGGGGAGCAACACUUGAAUGGGAUGUAAACACGAGCCAUCGAUCUCUAAUCCAAAGUGUUUUCCGCCACCAUGAUGACGCCACGCGAGUGCUCCUUCUUGCUGACUCACCUGCUCAUGCUCCUCCAGCUCCUCCUCCCUCUCACCUGGUCCCUUCUUCACCCUCCUCACCCUCCGCCGGUCCACGUCCCAACGCUCGUCCCUCACGCGCCGACGCCUCUCAUCCGCUCCCGCUUCAGCGCUCACACUCAGCUGGACUUCACCACUCACUGCAACUCCAGCUGCUUCCACAGAGGCGAGCAGGAGGCCCAGAAGGAGCAGCUCACGGAGAAGCUGGGUUUUGAGACGCUGUACGCCGACGGCUCCCGCACUCUCACCACUGUAGAUGUGGAGGCUGAUGAGCAGUUUGAAGGAGAUCUCCUCGAUCACCCUUCACCGGGUAGAGGGCCGAGACUGAAGCCCAGGCACCGACGCGUGAGGCGGCAGAUCUACGGAGCAGACGGACGUUUUAACAUCCAGGGUGACAACUUCCUGUUGGACUACCCUUUCUCCACAGCUGUGCGGAUCUCCACCGGCUGCACCGGCGUUCUCGUGUCUCAGCAGCAUGUCCUCACAGCUGCCCACUGUGUGCAUGAUGGAAAGGAUUAUGUCAAGGGGGCGCGAAGGCUCAGGGUGGGAUUCCUGAUCCCUCCAUCCAUCAACGGCACCAAAGCAGACCUCAGCUCCUCCAAGAGGCCUCUGGUCCGCUGGGUGAGGGUGAAACGUACCCGCGUGCCAAAGGGCUGGAUCCAGGGCCCUCAGGAGGUCAGCAUGGACUUUGAUUACGCCCUGCUGGAGCUGCGUUGGCCUCACCGACGUCCCUUCAUGCGCCUCUCCGUGGCUCCCUCCUCUGAUGACCUGGCGGGGAAUCGCAUCCACUUCUCUGGCUUUGACAGCGACCGAUCCGGAGAGCUUGUGUACAGAUUUUGUCCAGUGGAAGAAGAGUCCAGCAACCUGAUAUACCAGCACUGUGACGCCCGACCUGGAGCAAGCGGCUCUGGAGUGUAUGGAAGAGUGUGGGACAACAGUUUAGAGCGCUGGGAAAGAAAGGUCAUCGGCAUUUUCUCUGGACACCAGUGGCUGGAAAUAGAUGGGGAGAACAGGGAUUACAAUGUGGCCGUGAGAAUCACUCCUCUGAAGUUCGCUCAGAUCUGUUACUGGGUGCAUGGAAACCGACUAGACUGUGUGCAGGACUAAGAGGGACCGUAGCAAAGCACAAAGUGUAAAAAUAUGGGGUGGAAUAUCUUAUUUCCCUAAAGAAAGAAGAGUGAAACAAGAUUAAAUCAAACCCAAAAUAACACCCUUCAGUAACACACCAAUAGAGCAGAUAAAUAACUUUAGGAUCCCCUUCAUUGAGGGAUUUCUGUCCUUUAAUCUCCUUUAAAUUCCCCCUGUAACCUCUGGGCCUAUUAGACAAAUCUGCCUGUGAGCUCAUCACUACGGCAUCCUUUCAUAUGUAUUUGCCUACAGUCAGUGUUUCCGCAUUCGCCUAUUAACAUAAGCCACUUUUUAUAGGAGGGAAAAAACACUUGUCCUUGUGUGUGCAGUGCGUCAGUAGCACCAGAUUAUUUUCCUACUGUGGAUGACAGCAGUCUAUUGACGUUUUGUCUUUACAUCUUUCCUGCUCUCUUUUCUGACUUUGGUGAAAUGGUUUAGUAUUUUUAUUGCUCUUUUAGGAUCAUUUGGUUUAUCCAAUUGAUCUGCGUUCACACCUACAUAAUACAUAGAUUUAAAAAACAGUUCUGAUGCCACCACUGAUGCUUCCUGACAUUUCAGCAGACAAUAUGCUCUUCUCAAUGUGGACUGGAG